GCGGCGGGCGCGCGCGGGGGGGGGCUGCCCCGGGGCGGCCCCCCCACGUCGGGGCGCGGCGGGCGGCGGCGGCGGGAGCGCGUCCCGUCCCGGUGCCCAGGAGCCGCCGCCGCCGCUCGCCAACAUGGCGGACCUGGAGGCCGUGCUGGCCGAUGUCAGCUACCUGAUGGCCAUGGAGAAGAGCAAGGCCACCCCGGCCGCCCGCGCCAGCAAGAAGAUCGUGCUGCCCGAGCCCAGUAUCCGGAGCGUGAUGCAGAAGUAUCUCCAGGAGAGAAACGAAAUAACCUUCGACAAGAUUUUCAACCAGAGAAUCGGUUUCUUGCUAUUUAAAGAUUUUUGUUUGAAUGAAAUUAAUGAAGCUGUACCUCAGGUGAAGUUUUAUGAAGAGAUCAAAGAGUACGAGAAGCUGGAUAACCAGGAGGACCGGCUGAGCCGGAGCAGGCAGAUUUACGACACCUACGUCAUGAAGGAGCUGCUGUCCUGUUCCCACCCAUUCUCCAAGCAAGCCGUGGAGCACGUGCAGCGCCACCUGUCCAGGAAACAAGUGACGCCGACUCUUUUUCAGCCAUACAUAGAAGAAAUCUGUGAAAGUCUUCGAGGCGACAUUUUUCAAAAAUUUAUGGAAAGCGACAAAUUCACUAGAUUUUGUCAGUGGAAAAACGUAGAAUUAAAUAUUCAUCUGACUAUGAAUGACUUCAGUGUACAUAGGAUCAUUGGACGAGGCGGAUUUGGGGAAGUAUAUGGUUGCCGGAAAGCGGACACUGGAAAAAUGUACGCCAUGAAGUGCCUGGACAAGAAGCGGAUCAAGAUGAAGCAGGGGGAGACGCUGGCCCUGAACGAGCGGAUCAUGCUGUCCCUCGUCAGCACAGGGGACUGCCCGUUCAUCGUGUGCAUGACCUACGCCUUCCACACCCCGGAUAAGCUCUGCUUCAUCCUGGACCUGAUGAACGGGGGCGACCUGCACUACCACCUCUCGCAGCACGGGGUGUUCUCUGAGCGGGAGACGCGCUUCUACGCCUGCGAGAUCAUCCUGGGGCUGGAGCACAUGCACAGCUGCUGCGUCGUGUACCGGGACCUGAAGCCAGCAAAUAUCCUCUUGGAUGAACACGGACACGUAAGGAUAUCGGAUCUCGGCCUGGCCUGUGAUUUUUCCAAAAAGAAGCCGCAUGCAAGUGUGGGCACCCACGGCUACAUGGCCCCCGAGGUGCUGCAGAAGGGGACGGCCUACGACAGCAGCGCCGACUGGUUCUCACUGGGCUGCAUGCUCUUCAAGCUCCUGAGAGGUCACAGCCCUUUCAGACAACAUAAAACCAAAGAUAAGCAUGAAAUAGACCGGAUGACUCUCACCAUGAACGUGGAGCUUCCGGACACCUUCUCCCCUGAACUGAAGUCCCUCCUGGAGGGCCUGCUCCAGCGGGAAGUGAGCCAGCGGCUGGGCUGUCGUGGAGGCGGAGCCCAGGAGGUGAAGGAUCACAGCUUCUUCAGGGGCAUCGACUGGCAGCACGUCUACUUGCAGAAGUACCCGCCACCCCUGAUCCCUCCCCGGGGAGAGGUCAACGCCGCGGACGCCUUCGACAUCGGCUCGUUCGAUGAAGAGGACACCAAAGGCGUCAAGCUGCUCGACUGCGACCAGGAGCUGUACAAGAACUUCCCCUUGGUCAUCUCGGAGCGCUGGCAGCAGGAGGUAACGGAGACCGUUUACGAGGCCGUCAACGCGGACACGGACAAGGCGGAGGCCAGGAAGAGGGCCAAGAACAAGCAGCUGGGCCACGAGGAAGAUUACGCGCUGGGCAAGGACUGCAUCCUGCACGGCUACAUGCUGAAGCUGGGCAACCCCUUCCUCACGCAGUGGCAGCGCCGCUACUUCUACCUCUUCCCCAACAGACUCGAGUGGAGAGGCGAGGGCGAGGCGCGGCAAAAUUUACUGACCAUGGAACAGAUUCUCUCUGUGGAAGAAACUCAGAUUAAAGACAAAAAGUGCAUUUUGUUCCGAAUAAAAGGAGGGAAGCAGUUUGUCCUGCAGUGUGAGAGCGACCCCGAGUUUGUGCAGUGGAAGAAGGAGCUGACCGAGACCUUCACCGAGGCCCAGCGGCUGCUGCGACGCGCGCCCAAGUUCCUCAACAGGCCUCGGGCCAGCCUGGUGGAGUUUGCCAAGCCCCCGCUCUGCCACAGAAGCAGCAAUGGCCUCUAGCCGAGGCCACACGGGGCUCGCCACACGGGGCAGAGCGUGGGGGUCGGCGCAGACGUGCGAGGCUGUGACGGCGGAGGUGACGGGCGCUGGGACUUACAUCCGGGACCUGGAGGCCCAGGGCGCCAGGUGCCCCCACCGGGGGUGGGACCUCCCCCGCCCGCUGGCCCCUUCUCGCCAAGUGGCACUCGGCCACCCCUGAGACCGAAGCUCCUCUUCUUUGCCCGACGCUUCCUUUGGUGUCCAUGAACCUAGAACUCUCAGCGGUUGCUACUCAGCACUUACUUUUGUGUCCGAUAUCACGGGAUCUCAGACUCCCCCAGGGGCGCGAAGGUCUGCGGCUGCCGCAGGUCCUGGCUCCGUGUCCCCACAGGGCUGCGGGCUGCAGCGCCCUUCCCUGCACACCGGAGAUCCAGCGCCCGGUCGCCAGGGUUGGAAGCUGAAGCCCCUGGCGGGCAGCAGUGGCCAGAGCGCGCUGCCCAGCCUCCGACAGGCCCGCUCCAGGGGCCGCGGCAGGCGGCGUGGCCAACGGGGUUCACCUGCCACUCACCCCUGGGAGGCCCCCAGGGUCCCCAGGCAGAGCCCUGAGGUGUUGGACUGGGAGCAGGAGCAGCAUUGGGACACCUGCAGGUGCCCAGGACCCGAGCGGGCCUGGCGGCGGCUGGCUUGGGGUCCACCCUGAGCACCUGCAGCACACGGGCAUUCUAGUUCCUUCCGCCUGAGCCCUUGAGGUGGUUGGCAGUGAGGUGUGAGGGGAGGAAGGGGCCCCUCGCUUCACAUUCCGGUGGGAUCUGAAUGAGUUUUAUUUGGAAAAAAGAAGGAGGCCGAGGAGCAUCCUCCCGACCCACGUCUGCGGUGGGUGGCUCUGCACUGGCUUGUCUGCAGCGCCCACUGCCCAGCGGAAAGGCCCAGCAGCAUCCUCCCCAGGGUCUGUGUCCCCGCCCCCUCCACGCCCUGCCACGUCCCAAGUAACCCUGGGUGACAGAGCCAGCCAGGCCACCGGACUGAAGAGUCCUCCUCGAAGGCUCCUCCUCGUCCAGGUCUUGGUGUAGUUUUAUCGUCUGUCUCUAAAUUAAUUACCGACAAUAUAACUCGUCCUGUUGAUGGUUUGUAUCCUGUCCUUGAUAUCUUCAGUGGUUCCAAAUCGUGGUCUCUCUGUUCCUGUGCCACAGCCAUUGGGAAGGUAAACGUCCUACUGAGAGGUGUUUUUGAGAGUCGAGUGGAUCACUUUCCGAAAGGUCUGCACAGCCCGGGGUUGACUUUGGGCCAGCCGUUGGGGUUGUGUCCGUCCGUCGCAGCCCCAGCUUGGGGUUGCAGUGAGCGCUGUCCGGUCCCCUGUGUGCUCUUGCCAGGGGACAGGGCGGGCCACACCCCGCCCCAUCCCUCAAUGGGUAGAAUAGCCCUCGGAGUCUGUUCCAAAUACACACGUUGCACGCCACCAAAAGCAGAGACGCAGCUGUGGAGCUGAAGAAGAGGGCGUCUUCCCAGCUCCGAUGGCAAGCCCUCAGGUGCCUGGCCCCUCCUGGGCACAAGGGGCCUGCUGGGGAGGGCCGGGUUCGCCUGGUGCAUCUCACACUGGGUGCCAGCUCGGCCAAGGCAGCUCCGGACCAUGAUUCGGCUGCUCCCUGCCUGCUGUGAAAUCAGACCCGUCUGCAUCUCUUUCAAAAACACGGUUUUGCUCUAGGGUUCUCCUGCAAGGUCUUGACCAGGUGUCCCAAGGACGCCACGCACACCAGAUGCAGACACCGCGGGGCCUGAGCCGGGCGCGACUGUCGGAGUUUUCAGAGUGUCGAUGAAUCCCUAGAUAUUUGGUCCUUCCCACAUUAAGACAGAAGUCAGCCCGGGUUUUCUCGUUACUUUAGAAAUCUGGAAUUCUGUAGUUGGAAUGUUUUGUACAUUGUCGAGGAAGACAAUUGAGGUGGCUAUUAUUUUUAUGAAAUCCGUGCUAUAAUAAGCCUCCAUUUCAUAAUUCAAAAAAGAAUCAGUAGCAAAGCCUAAAAAUAAUAGACCGCUUUAAGCUGCCAUAUAACACAUUCAGAAUAAAUUAGAAACUCUUGCGAUUCCAAGUUUAUUCUUAACUUACAACAUUCGCGGCUGCGUUUGUCACUCACAUCCUUGUGGUUCACUGUGUUUCCUUCUUGACCGCGUUUAAGGAAGGUUUUUCAGCCAAACUUCUCAAAAUUGGUUUCAUGUUCCCCCCGCGAAUGCAAAGUGCGCAGGCCGCUGGUCAGUUUUUCGACACUAGAGUUUCAAAUUCUGUGCGUUAAACGAAGGCGCCAGCCUGGGAGGCUGAGGCAGGAGGAUCACACCUUCAAAGCCAGCCUCCUCAACUGAGCGAGGCCCUGAGCAACUCAGCAAGACCCUGUCUCUAAAUAAAAAGUAAAAAGGGCUGGGGACGUGGCUCAGUGGUUAAGCACCCCUGGGUUCAAUCCCUGGUACCUACAAAAUAAGGGGGGCCAGGUGCGGAGUGAGGCUCUCCCAAGAGAGGGAGGCACCCUGCCCAGGCAGGCAGCCAAGAAGGCCUGCUGGCCACCAAACGAGAGGUCGCUUGGUGUGUACUUUGACGAGUGUCACAUGGCUGUUAGAAGCAAUUGUGCUGAGGCCCCACCGGCCAUUAAAAAUACCGCUGACGCUACUACUAAACAUCAAAGUGGGUCUGAUUUUUGCAUUUCACUCAGAAUCUGUGGCAGGGCCAGUUCAAAGCAACCUCUGACACUUUCCAGUGGAGUUGAUUUUUCAAAUAAUUGUUUUGAAAUUUUAACAUUAUCAAGAAGAGAACAAAAUUCUCUAAGCAGCAUCCUUUUGGUGUGAUGUAAAUCUUCAUAAAAGUGCUUUCAGACGUGGUUGUACAUAAGAUCAUCCUGCACGGUUUAAUCCUCAGAAUUCUUGGCUCAGUUGCAUUCAGGGAAACGGCUGCGUCCCUCACAGGCACAGGAUGAAUUCAGUCCCUCAGGGCCUGGGCAGGAGGGGCAGGCUUCACAGAGACCACCGUGGUGGGGACGAGGCCACAGAAGGGAGGCGGACCCCCCCCCGCCAGAGACCACGGAGCACCAAGCGAGUGCCAGCCUGAAGCCAGGUGGGUCCUUGGAACUCCCGCGAUAGUUACUGUAAGACUCGGUCACCCCACUUCCGAAGCUGGAGCCGCUAACCUGGGUAGGAGGCCAGCCGCUGCCUGCUCCUGCCUGGCCCAGACCCGAAGCUCCAGGCGUCUGCGACCCCAGCAUCACCCGGGCAAUUCGCAACCCGGGGCGGAGGGAGCCCAUUGGCCAGCGGGUCAGCUGGGGACAUCGUCACAGAUCCGUUGACGUUCUGAUAAACCAGGGACAUUGGGGCCACACUCAUUGCCACA